CUUCUGCUCUUCCCGUUAGAACGUUAUGGCGUCCUCUUCCUGGCUCCUCCUCCUCCUCUUCUCUACUUUUGCGGUUGCAGUUUCCCCAGCAACGAGGGGUGUCAGACCGGAGAGGUCGGACCUGUCCCGCGUCAACGGAGAGGACCUGUUUGAGGGAGACAUCCUGCUGACAGCGGAGCAAAGGGUGGAGUUGAAGGAAAGGAAAGCCAUCCCUGAUUUAGCCAAACGAUGGCCGGAAGGCGACGAUGGGUACCCGCGAGUUCUUUACACGUUUUACGACGCAAUGGUCAAUCAAGCAGCAAUUCUUGACGCCAUCAAGCACUGGGAAGAAGAAACCUGCAUAAGGUUUGAGCGAACAAAUACCACCGAGAAAAGGCCUCACCUGCAAUUCCUCAAGAGCAAUGGUUGUUGGUCCUACAUCGGGAGGAUACUUCAGUCAGGACAGCAGAUAUCGAUUGGGAAUGGGUGUGAUAAUAGAGGAACGAUCGCCCACGAGAUCGGCCACGCCAUCGGCUUCUAUCACGAGCAGUCGCGAACAGAUAGAGACGACCACGUGUAUGUCCACAUGGACAAUGUUAUUCCUCACUUACAGAAGAACUUCGACAAAUACAUCGUCAAUAACUACUCCGUCCCCUAUGACUUUUCGUCCGACAUGCAUUACAUCUCGAAUAGUUUUACGGUAAAUGGCAAACUCACCAUUUCGACGAAGAACCCUCUGGCGCAAGAACUGAUCGGACAGAGACAAGGCCUCAGCCAUUACGAUAAGCUUUUGGCGAAUAAGAUGUAUUCGUGUAUAUCAAAAUGGCUGAGAAAUUGUGGCCUCGAAGCGGAUCCUUGCCAAAACGACGGUUACCUGAGGUCGGAUUGCCUUUGUGCCUGCCGAUCGGGGACGUCCGGAAACUUCUGCGAAAUUGUUACCCAGGGAUACUAUGACAGCAUGCUGUCCUCCUGUUCUGAAAAUGUCACCGCCGAGGGAAAUGUGACGUCUCCUAAUUACCCAAAUAACUAUUCACCCGGGACGAGAUGUGUCAAAUGGAUCCAGGCUCCUCCGUGCCACGUCGUCAACAUCACCUUCAGCUCUUUUGAAAUCUACGGCCAGAGCUCCCUGUGCGACGGGAAUGACUGCUGCUUCUUGGACUUUCUGGAGAUAAGAACUCACGACCUUCACAGUGGCGAUGUGUACUGUGGCAGAGACAUUGCUCCCGGGACGUCGUUCACCUCCGGCAGCAGCAACCAGAUGAUUCUGUUCUUCGAGGCAGAGACAGGCUCUUUCCCCGGGUGGGCAGCCAUCGUGAGAUUUGAGCCUCAUUCAGAGUGCUCGUCCACUACAGACUCUACCAGUACAUCUUUAGCAAAAACAUCUAUUGCCAAUACUAAAUUUUCAUCUGGGGAGACAACAUCAACUACAACAACAAAAGCAGUGGCACCUGCCACAGUAGCAGAUUCCACAACAAGAGAAGCUUUCACAGCCUCCUUUUCAGCUGCAGCCACUGGAUUAACAAAAGCUACUACAGCUACAGCAGAGCCCUCCAAAACAAACACAACGAAUGCAACUGGCCUAUCUACAUUCUCUACUCCAACUACACCAGAGCUUGCCACCACUACCACUAUCAGACCUACAUCAGAACAUAUGACAACCACUGAAACUACACAGGCACCUAUCACCACCAGAAAUACAGAUACUACACCAGAACCUCCAACAGCUUUUAGACUGACUGCACCAGAAACUGCCACAAAAUCAAAGACCUCAGCCAUAACAACUAUCGCAAAAACAUCUGAUAUCAGUAAUCUGGAACCUAUCAUAACCCCUUCUUUAACUAGUCCAAGAAUAAGUCCAACAACAAAUACAACUAGAACUAUACAUGAAAUAGUAACAACCUCCACUAAGACGAUAUCAGAAACCACAACAACCAUCACCAGAACUGAACCAAAGCCAACAACAACUCCAGAACCAACAAAAACAACUGAUAAAAUCACAUUUAACCCUACCAUUAGUACUGCAGAAACAACACUAAAAACAACAACUGCUACCCCCAUAACAACAUUAUACCAAAGAACUAACACCACUUUUCCUACAUCUGUCAUAGCUAUAAACACCACUACAGCUAUUCAAAAAGCAACCACCACAUCUACAAAUAAACCAGAGCCAACUGCUACAACCACAGGAAAAUCAGAACCAAGCACAAAUGUCACUAUUAGUAAUUCUGACAAAACUACAACCUCUGUCACAGCUACACCAGAACCAACAACAACCAAAUCUACAACUACAACAAAACCAACAACCACAACCAGAACACCAGAACCAAGCACAAGUGCUACUACUAAAAAAUCUGAGAAAAUUACAACCACUGCUACAGCUACACCAGAACCAGCAACAACCACAUCUACAACUACACCAAAACCAACAACUACAACCGGAACACCAGAACCAAGCACAAGUGCUACUGUUACUGAAUCUGAGAAAUUUACAACCACUGGUACAGCUUCACCAGAACCAACAACAACCACAUCUACAACUACACCAAAACCACCAACUAAAAGCAGAACAUCAGAACCAAGCACAAGUGCCACUACUGAAUCAGAGAAAACUACAACCACUGUUACAGCUACACCAGAACCAACAACCACCACAUCUACAACUACACCAAAACCAACAACUACAACCACAGGAACAUCAGAACUUAGCACAAGUGCCCCUAUUACUGUAUCUGAGAAAACUACAACCACUGUCACAGCUACACCAGAACCAACAACAACAACAUCUAUGACUACCCUAAAACCAACUUCUUCCACCAGAAUGACAUUAGAACCAAGAACAAGCACUAUUAGAAUUACACCUGACCUAACUGCGACUACAAAGAGAACAACACCAGAAAUAACCACAACAUAUAUUACUGGUACACAGGAACAAACAACCACCGCCACUAGUGAUUCACUGGAAACAACAGUAAACGCUGACAAAAUCACACCAGAGACAACUGCAGCUACUCCUACUACUUCUUACUUAACAGCAAUAAGUAAUGGAACAACACCACACUACAUGCAAACCACUACUAUUACAAUUCUGAACUCUAACAUAACAGCCACUACAGCAACACGAGAACCUGUUAAAACCACUUUUAUACAUACAGGAGGUUUUACUUUUUCUGGAACUGUAACUACACCAUUACCUGCCACACCAAUCUCUACAACUACAUCAGAAGCCUUUAGAACUACGACUAGGACUUCGACAAAUUAUACUAACAUCACCACAUCCAGUACUGCCAGUUCUGCUGGACUCUUCAAUGCAACAGUCACUGCAUAUAGUACAAUCAUUCCUGUUUCACCCAUACUCCAAACAACUAAUGCUACCAGGACGUCACCUCGCACCACUUCCACAGCUGGAACUACACCGAGAACAACCACACGUAUACCAACAACAACCACUGUCAGUAUUACAAGACUACAAAAAUCUACCACACCAACUACUACCACACCUACCACCACUACUACAAAAACUACCACACCAACAACUACCACACCUACAACCACUACUACAAAAACUACCACACCAACAACUACCACACCUACCACCACUACUACAAAAACUACCACACCAACAACUACCACACCUACCACGACUACAAAAACUACCACACCAACAACUACCACACCUACAACCACGACUACAAAAACUACCACACCAGCAACUACCACACCUGCAACCACUACUACAAAAACUACCACACCAACAACUACCACACCUGCCACCACUACUACAAAAACUACCACACCAACAACUACCACACCUACCACCACUACUACAAAAACUACCACACCAACAACUACCACUACAAAAACUACCACACAGCAACUACCACACCUAACAACUACGACUACAAAAAAAACUACCUCACCCAACACUACACACCUAACAAACACGACUACCACAAAAACUACCACACCUGCAACCACUACUACAAAAACUACCACACCUGCAACCACUACUACAAAAACUACCACACCAACAACUACCACACCUGCAACCACUACUACAAAAACUACCACACCAACAACUACCACACCUGCAACCACUACUACAAAAACUACCACACCAACAACUACCACACCUGCAACCACUACUACAAAAACUACCACAAUAACAACUACCACACCUACAACCACGACUACAAAAACUACCACACCUGCCACCACUACUACAAAAAAACUACCACCACCAACAACUACC